AUGAUUAGGUGCCUAGACGCCUGCUUGGUGGCCCAGAAUCAGCCCCAGUUGGAGGGCUUCCGAUUUACUCUCAAGGACCAGGCCUGUCGUGAGCCCUUUGACCUGAACUUGGCUGCCCCCCUCGAGGAGGUGUCCCAGGGGUCUGCCAGCAAGAUCUCCUACGACUUGGUCUUGGCAGCCUCCCGGCAAGCGGCCUUUCACUACCAGGUGGCGGUGCUGCCGCACUACAGGGACAAGUACUUUCUGGAGCUUGCGGUGGAGAGAUAUUUGGACCGGUUUCUCGAGCUGAAGCGGCGGCGGCCGAGCGAAUUCUGGGUGCCCACCUAUGACAUCGACUGCAUUUGGCAUGCUCAUCAGCUGCAUCCCAUCCUGUAUGCAGAGGAAACAGAGCGGCUAUGCGGCCAGCUGCUGCCCCAUGAUGACAGCGUGAAUGACCGCGAGGAGGGGUCCAGGCUGGACAACCGCUGGAAAGCGACCAAAGCUGCCUGGGAGGAGGAGUUCAAGAACCAGGGCCGGGCAGAGACCUCAGGUUGCCAACAGGCUCCCACAGUACCCAUGGCUCGCGUGAUCCUGCUGGGGCUUUUGCUGCACGUGCAAGCGGCGCCGCAGCUUCGGAAUGGCACCACGGCCGCUCCGAACUGGACGGACGCCGUGCCUGUCUUCCAAAACGGCACCAAGUCCGGGCGCUCGCGGGUGAUCAGCAAGGAUGUGCUGCGCGACAAGAUCAUGGGCUACUGGGUUGGCCAGCUGGUCGGGAACUUCAUGGGCCUUCCCUUUGAGUUCCUCUACACGGACAAGCCCAUGCCCUUGGAGCCCCAGACGUACUACGACCAGCGCAAGGCGUGGGGCGAACACCUUCGCGUGAACUCGGACGGCCGCGGCAGCAUCCCGCAGAGGCUCAGCCGUCUGCAGGGCGCCUACACCGAUGACGAUACAGACGUGGAGUUUGUGACCAUCCACGCGUUGAUGGAGCAUGGCUUGGACUUGAACUACAAGCAAAUUGCUGGGUACUGGCGGAACUUCAUGCACAUCAAGGUCAACGGAGGUGACGCCUUGUGGUUUGCAAAUCGCGUGGCACGGGAGAACAUGGACCAAGGCCAGCUGCCUCCGCAGACAGGGUCCAAGGGUCACAACCGGUACUGGUGGACUAUCGACCCUCAGCUUGUCAACGAGCUCUGGAGUGCGAUUUACCCUGGCAUGGUGGAAAAGGCGGUAGAUCGUGCAGAAUGGGGGGCCCGCAUCACCAGCGACUCCUGGGGCACACACCCCACGAGGUUUUACGCAGCGCUCUACAGCGGGGCCUUCUUCUCGGAUGAUGUGAGCAAGUUGUACGAGAUGGGGCGGUCGCAGGUUCCAAGCUGGAGUCCCUUCCACGAGGCGCUGGACAACGUGCGGCGCUGGAAGGAGGAGAGCCCGGGAGACUGGAAGCGCACCUGGUACAAGAUUAAGGACAAGUACUCUCGCUACCCCUCCAACUGUGGAGGCUUACCCUGGAACUGUGGGGUCAGUGCCAUCAUCAACGGGGCCAUGGGCGCAAUGGCUUUCUUGUACGGCCAUGGUGACUUCAGGAAGACGGUGGGCAUUGCCAUUGCCGCGGGCUUUGACUGCGACAACCAGGCGGCCACCUUGGCAGGCGUUGUGGGAGUCAUGCACGGUGCUGACGCCAUUCCCCACGACCUCACCCACCGGAUUGCAGGCAACAACUGGCGCCAGCCCUUCAACAACCGCUACGUCAACGAGCGCCGCCCGCCCCUUGCUAGGGAUCAGACCAACACAGACAUCGUCGACAAGGUUGUGUACCUGGCAGAGCGCGCCAUCAUGCAGGAGGGUGGCCAUGACUUGGGGAACAGCUGGCAGGUCCCGGUGUCGCACUCCCUGUGA